AUGGCACUCUAUAUCUUCAGGCGUCGUGAUACAACCGGUUCUCUUCAAGGGAAGAGCAAACUGCCCUCAAAGCAUAUAGCCCCCCUGAACGCUCUGUUAUUAUUGGUGCUAUCCAACAUUCAGCAUGAGAUAGACGUGACUAUCCGUCUACUAAGAUCCAAUGCUGUGGGUUUUGCCUUCAUUGCCAUGGGCGGGAUCCUAACCAGAGUCAUCCUCUCGCCAACGUCGAUGGCAGAAGCCGCUUCCUCAACGUUUAAAGCUGCCUGUGUGGGCGUUCUCUGCAACUACGUCUUCGACAUUGCGAACCAGGCUUCUUCUCCGCUAGAAGACUACGUCAAUAAGCCUUCUCGACCUAUUCCAGCGGGUUUGAUCAGUGUCAAUCAGGCCAUUUUCCGAUGGAUCUUGACAUGGACACUGGGACCCAUCAUGAUUUACUCAUGUUUUGGACUCUGGGCCGCGCUGCAUCUCCUUCAUUUUCAGAUGCUGAUUUUGGUGUGUUAUGUAUGGCCACGAUGGUUUUCUUGGUUCAUGCGCAACUACUUUGCAUCCGUGUCCUACUUCAUUCUCUCCCGACUUCUCAACCAAGUUCUGGUUGCAAGGGGACCCUCAAACCAAAACAGCAGUUUAUGCAUCGGGUUUGCUGUCUUCAUCUGGCUCAUGGCAACUAUGCACAUCCAAGAGUUCUAUGACGUCGAGGGAGACCGAAAGAGCGACAGAAAGACUCUCCCGAUGUUGCUCUCCGACAAGGGCUUAAAGACAUUGCGAGCCGGCACAUCAAUGUUUAUCAUUGCGUUUGGCUCGGGAUAUUGCUGGCUGGAGGUGCAAAGAUGGCUCGAGACAGCUUGGUGGCACCGAUAUGCGUGCUGCAACAAAUUUUAUCGUGCGUGCUUGCGUACAGAAUAUCGGCGUCGAAUUCGGUUGAGAUGGACAAGGCUACUUAUCACGUUUAUUACUACCCAUCAGUUCUAG